AUGGAAGGGGCACCAUUCGAUCUCGAUUUGGAUAAGAUAUUAACAAACCCACAUACAGAUUUGAUGUUAUCCGGUGGCAGCUCCGCAGAUGUUUACAGUCCAUUUUUGUUAGAUGAUGAUCCUAGCCUUAUAGAAAAUUCAGAAUCGGACGGGUCGUACACGUCGGCAUUGCCGUAUUUGGAUGGUCCGAAUUGUUUGUUGGAUAGCUUGUGUUCGCAGUUAGAUGCACAAGAGAAUAUUGUUGAAGAGGAACAUUCCUAUGCGUCUGUACGAACAAAAUCAGUGGCGUCUUCGACAUGUGAGGGAGGCAGCUCCGUAAUUUCAUUUCUACAAAACACAGAGGAACAAUUUGAUGUACUUCAAGAAGCAAGUAGAGAAAUCCUUGAAGGUUGGAACUGUGAACGAAAUUUUUUACCGCUACCACAACGGGAGAUUAAAACAGAACAUGCUUUAAAAGCAGUCAGUUCCAUCCCUUCGAUCGUUCCUACACAUAAAGCGAAUCGAUUCAAUAUAAGUGAGAUUAACAAGAAAACAGGAUCGCCAAUUACUCGAAUUGGCCUGGGAGAAAUAUCUUUAGAGAAAAGAAAAUAUCCACCACUUGUAUUGACUGACGAGGAAAAGAAAUUAUGUAAAAAGGAGGGGAUUCGGUUACCAGAAUAUUAUCCUUUGACAAAAGCAGAAGAAAGAGAAUUAAAGCGUAUACGCCGAAAAAUCAGAAACAAACACUCGGCUCAGACAAGUCGCAAGAAAAAACAAGACUACAUUGAAGCAUUGGAAGACCGUGUGGAGAAUUGCACUCAAGAGAAUGAAGAACUGAAGAAACAAGUGGAACAUCUCAAAACACUAAAUUCAACGUAUUUAUCGCAACUGCGAAAAUUGCAAAGCAUGGUUGCUAAUGGGUCGAAACGAAAAGUGCAUGCUGGUACUUGUCUUGCAGUAUUGAUGCUUUCAGUAUGUUUACUUGUUGCACCAAACUUGUCACCUUUGUCGAAAAAGCGUAAUGAAGAAGAAGCAGAGCAGACCACAAUGCCAGCAGUUCAACUUCCAAAACGAACUCCUCCACUUGCAGGACGUUCGAGAUCACUUCUGCAGUUUGUGAACUCUGUUACUGACAAAUAUGAUGUUGAUUUUUGCGGUGAAGAAGAAUAUAAGGAUGCUUCUGCUACCAAUGCGGAGGAUCAAUUAAUGGCAUUCAAGAAUAAUUCACUAAGGCGCAGGGAGAAGCGUGUUACGUUUUGGAAUGAUAAUGUAACAGUGAGAGCGCAGCCGCAUCUCGUUGACAUAAGAAGCUCAGAUGUGCCAGAUUAUAAAUGCAUUAGAAUCGGAAGCUACGAAAGAAAACGAAAAGCUUUACCUCAAGAAAGACUCUAUCCAACUUCGCUAGAUAAUCAGAAAUCAUGGAUACAGACAAUUAACAGUGCGGAAUAUAAGCAUGCAAAACUAUCUAAUGGCUCAACGCUUCGUGUCUAUACAAAUCCUGGUAGUUAUGUUGCAUUGGAUUCAAAACGUCUCAAAAUACAACGAGCAUGA